UGGCUCCACCAUCAAGCUAAAUCCUUCACAAUCCCUAAAUUCCCAAUAAAUAAGAAGAACAUAGGCGCCUCCUUAAUUAUGGCUUGAAGGAGAGCGAACCUUGUUCCCCUUUCACAUUUACCCAUUAUUUAGAAUAUUCAUUCGAGCAGUUUGAGCUCGGGCAAAAUAUCACCCAGCCCUGUUAGAAUAAAAUCUAUCACAGAUGGCGCUGACGUAAAACACGGAAUACCAACCACAUUCUAUCUGUCAUGCACCAAUACAUCUAAAAAGGGGUUUCAUUUUAAUAAAAACUCAUCGACGGACCAUGAUCGUCCUCUUUCCAAACCAGAUCCUCGAGUGAAUUAGUAGUGCGCGACGUGACUUAGUUUAUCCAUAAAUUUGAGGUAGUCAUUGUUAAAAACCUCAAGUGGUGAAUUUUCUAAUAAGUUUGUGUUGUUCUUAAUAGGCAAAAAUCAAACUGGCAAAAAGGCAGUUUUUGUUCAAUAGUACGAAGUAGUGAAUAGUAUUACGGUAUGUGGUGAAACCAUUGUUUAAAAGUACUUUAUGCUCAUUGUAUUUAAUGUUAUAGCCAGCCAUUGUAGCCAUAAAAGCAUCAUUGUUCUAUUGUUUGCUUGUGAAGAGUUGUUAAGAAAAAGGUCCCAGCAAAGGACCUUUUUCUUUUUAUUUGGUGUUUUCCCAGAGCCCAGUCGGAAGUUCAGUGGUCCAUCAGCGAGAACAAAUCGAGCUUUGGAAAGAGUCGAAAGUACGGCCUCUCUGUCGUCACGUUUAGCCGGAAAUCCUUCAGAAGCACUACCGUCGCCAUUGUUCUACGACCACGCGGUGGAUCCGCGGAGAAUCCAACAUACUACUGGGAAAGCCAUCUUCUGUCCGGCCGUCCGCCGAAAGUUCAGCUAUUAUUCUUUCCGGCAGUCCGCCGAGGAUCAAGCCACCACCAGUUCCGGCAGUCCGCCGAGUGAUCCGCCGCGGACCAAGUCCCCAUCCGUUCGGCAUUCCGCCGAAGAUCAGCCAUCUUCUGUCCGGCCGUCCGCCGACAAAGAAGCCAUCCGUUCGGCAGUCCGCCGAAGACCAAGCCAUCUCCAGUCAGGCCGUCCGCCGACAAACAAGCCAUCCGUUCGGCAGUCCGCCGAAGACCAAGCCAUCUCCAGUCAGGCCGUCCGCCGACAAACAAGCCAUCCGUUCGGCAGUCCGCCGAAGACCAAGCCAUCUCCAGUCCGGCCGUCCGCCGACCAGCAGGCCACCCUUUCGACAGUCCGCCGAAAGCUCAGCCAUUUUCCAUCCGGCAGUCCGCCGUCAACCAAGCUGCACUAAGCUACGGCCGUCAGCCGAGUCAAACUACAACCACCGUCCGCCGAGAGUCGCCGAUUACGCUUAUUCCGGCAACCCGUCCAAUAGCCAACCAACCACCAAUCCAGCCACCCUGUGUCGUCAAUAUGUGCCACCGCCAGCCUAGAAUGACGUCACUAUGACCAUCAGCAACCAAAACCACCCACAAGAACCCGCAAGAUCGCCAAGCAUGCAAGUAUACCCCAAGUUUGUGACGUCACUACAAUAAAUACCUGUUAAGAUGAA